AUGUCAUCCCAAGAAAUUAUUAAUGAACUUAACAAGGUUAAGUUUGGUUUAGGUCUUAUGAGUUUUACAUGGAGACCAGAUCCAUAUCCGCAAUCAGCUUUCAAUGAAUCAGUUUUGGCAACAAUCAAGAAGAACUUACCAAAUAAGACUUUUGUCAAUGGUGGUGAAUUUUAUGGUGCUAAUGAAUUGAAUUUGAAAUAUAUCAAGAGUUUUUUGGAUACUUAUCCUGAACAACGUGAAAAUUUAAUCAUUUCAAUUAAAGGUUCCAUUAGUUUUGCUGAACAGAGAGUUUUAGGUGAUAGAGAAAAUAUUAAUAAAGCAAUUGAUAAUAUAUCUAAAUAUAUCCCAAACUUGGACAUCUUUGAGAUUCCAAGAAUUGAUACUACAGUUACUUUAGAAGAAACUUUUGGUGCUUUAAGUGAUGCUGUUGAUGCUGGUAAAAUCAAGGCAUUUUCAGUUUCUGAAGUCAAUGCUAAUACUUUAGAAAAGAUUUCCAAAAUUUCAAAUAAUCCAAUUGCAGCUGUGGAAAUUGAAUACUCAAUUUUUUCAAGAGAUAUCUUAGAAAAUGGUGUUGCUGCAAAAGCUGGUGAAUUAGGUAUCCCAAUAGUUGCAUAUUCUCCAUUAGCAAGAGGUUUAUUGACAGGCCAAAUCAACAGUACUGCUGACUUGCCAGAAGGUGAUUUAAGAUCACAUUUUGAUAGAUUUAAAGAAGAAAACCUUGUUAAGAAUCAACAAAUUGUUGAUUUUGUUGUCAAAGCUGCUAAAGAAAAAGAUGUUACUCCAGGACAAAUUGCUUUAGCAUGGAUUAGAUAUCAAAGUUUCAAGACAAUUGAUGGAAUUAAAUUCCCAAAAAUUAUUGAUAUCCCAAGUACUACUUCUGUUAAAAGAGUUGAUGAAAAUUUCUCAGAUGUUGUUUUAACUGAUGAUGAAUUUGAGAAAAUUCAAACUUUUAUCAAAGAUGUUAAAGUUUCUGGUCUUAGAUAUAACGCCCAAGCUGAAAAAUCAUUAUUUUUAUAA